GCCCAACCUCAGGCUCAGGCUCCAGCCAAAAGCGAAAGAUUCCCAUCCCGUCCUGCCAUCCACACCCUCCGUCCGCUCAUUACCUCUUCGAUUCUUGAUUCUCAUCCACCAUACUCUUCAGGCAUCAGAAUAUGGAGUUGUGAGGCAAAAAAAGUGAGCGGUUUGCUCCCGUUUCUACUGGGGGAAUGCCAUACAAUUUGAACAAAUAAUUUGUGCCAUUGGAUCAUUGGUGUUUCUUUCCUGGCAUAGUCCCACUCAUCCGAAUCGUCUGUUCCUUUGUUCAAUCAUUGGGUCCAAAAUGAGGUCUUCACUUACUCGCGUGGCCACUUUGUUUUCUGCGCUUGCGUCGGCAUCUCUUCUUCCUGCUUCUUCGCCUCCUGAUGCGGUUGCGAAAGACAUCACGACUGUUGCUGGUACAACAGGUAGUGGAUGCCACUCACGCAGUCGUGUUGUUGGCUGACGAGCGACAGAUCUUAAUCACCUAACCAUUCACUUCCAUGCUCCCUGCCGGGAAUGUUUUGACGACACAAAGGAUGGAGUGGAGCUAACCCUUGAGAUCGACUCCGCCGAAGAGGAGUGCUCUAAUUCUCCUCCACGUCUGAAUGGACUUCCUCUCAUUCCACUAAGAUCCGGCAAUGUCGUUGCCAACGGUCAGAUUUCCUUGAUGUCCAAGUCUUCUGAUGGCUCGGCCAAACGCGAGGUCAAUGCUUCCUGGGAGUCAACCUGUCUAAAGGGUGAAGCUUCCAUAAUCUCUGUUCGAUUCGAGGGAAUCGUCGGCAAUGACCCCUUCAAAGAUACCUCUGGAUUCACCACCUCCUUCAAGCAGAAAGGCCAACCCGCAGUACUGCGUCUCCAAGACAAACCUAUAGCUCAGGUUUCAGAGAACCUCUGUGACGAAUGGCUCUUGUCCGAGGAUAAAAGACUCUCCAUCACUCCCAAUGCCUCAGAUCCUACCUCUUCCCUUGACACCACAUUGCAAGCCGAGUAUUCUCAACUUGAAGAAUUGAUAAAUCAAAUGGGUGCCCUUCAUGAGCAGAUACGCACAACCGAGACAAAAAUUAUCUCUCUCCUCAAGCAAGAGUUCAAAGCUUGCUCAAGCAUGAAGUGCUUGUGGGACACCGCUAUGAGUGAAGUUCCAACCAUUGCCAAACUCAUUAGCUCUCACUUCUCCCAUCAUAGCAAUCGACAUGGUGGUUGCAAAGAUGGUGAUGCACAAUCACCGUGCUCCGCGGAAGUCCAGGAAAGCUUUGCGGUCGACAGCAUCUUACAAGAAGACGGUCCAGAGGAAGCGUCUGCUGCCGCUGGUAACGAGGAACCCGCACCAGUUUCGCAGUCGCUGGCGGAACCACUUACUACCACUUCGCCACCCAAUGAGCCAGAAGCAACUCCCCUCCCAGAAGGUCAACAUCGGCCUCACUUUCCAUUCAUGGGUGGGGAUCAUCCUCCCUUCCGACCACCUCAUGGUCCGCCUCCAGGAUUUCGUCCGCCAGCGGGACAUCAUGGUCCACCCCCUGGCUUCGGCCCUCAAAGCCACCCUCACGGGCCUCCACCCAACUUGGGAACUUUUGUCCCUGAACAUCGGCGCCUUCUAGAAUAUCGCAUAGGGCUUGCAAUCCUUCUGCUGGUACUGCUUGUCAUACUGUCUGGUCUAGUCAUCCGCGCCAUAAUCGCCUUCAGGGAUCCUCGACGACGGGCUGAGCGCGCAGCCCGGUGGGAAGAGCGUCGUACUAGGAGACUUUACCGCAAAGCUGCUUGUAAGCAUAAAUGGAGGACUUGGUGGAAAGGUUUCCGAAACCCAGGCACCAAUGACUACGAGGAGAAGCGAGAAAUGAUCCUUGAUCAAGAAAGCCUUCUAGAAGAGGGGGACGACGGAUUACAAAAGGAAAUCCGUACGCUUCGAAAUGCCUCCGAUUUCGUGAGGGAUCUAGUGCAGGCUGAAGAAGGUCGAUCAAGGUCGGGGUAUCGUGGACAUUGUGAUCGGGAAGGAUUUGAACCUGCGGAACUCGAUGCUGGCGUCGGGAGCAGCGGGCUUUCCGACAUUGCCCCAUCAUACGUGACACCUCCACCUCGAUAUGAAGAAGAGCUUGAAGGAGAAAUAGUGGUCGUCGACGAUUUUCGAUAUACACCCAGCAAUACGGAUGAUACUCCAGAAAGCAGUAUCGUUGAUUGCAGCCCGAGGCUGAGUUUGGAGACCGGCAGAUCGACUAUUGUCACCAAGGACACGCACGAGUGACAGCUAGCGAAGACUCAGUUUUGAGGAGUCCAUUGUUGAGGAAUAUGUGGCCAUACUGUCUCGCACCCGGUGCAUUCGCGGCUGAUCCGGACUGGAGAAUUUCUUUUUGUGGCGCGGAUCAUCUGAAAUUUGUAAAGUAAAACCGGUAAAACCGGUGAAUUCGGCGUCGUCGCUUGUAAGAGUUACAUUGCUGGGACCUAUUCGAUGUUUCCAACCUGUGGUCAAUCAUGGCGCAGCUUAUAAUUCAAGGGACCUCAUCCGUCACUUGGUGGGUGAAGCUGGGCUUGUUCAUGCGCGGACCUUGUCGGUUGGCGGCAUCUCCGAAAACAGACGGAGUGUUGAUGAUAUAGGCACGGAAGAAGACGAAAGAAUCCCUUUAUUUUAUUUAUUGAAGCAGCA